AUGGAAUUCCCAAAAUUGUUAUUACAUAUUGGCAUAAUAUUGGCCACAAUCACGAACUUUUGUAUCGCUAAUGAUGCAAAAGAUCCAAAAUAUAUAUAUCGUAUACCCACCAAUUCAAUACCAGUUGAUUAUAACAUUAGUCUGAUUAUUCCGCCGGAUCUCAGAGAAGGCAACACAUUUCACGGUGAAACCAUUGUCACUGUCAAGAUUGUUCGCGAAUCGUUUUAUAUAAGCUUACACUCGCAAGGAUUAGAAAUAAAUGAAACGGCGACAACGUUGAUGAACGAUACUAUAGUCUAUAAACCGAUGGCACAUACUUAUGACAAUGAAACGAAUAUAUUAUCGUUACAUUUUGAAAAGCAAUUGUAUCGCGGUUCUUACAACCUGAACAUGAAGUUUGCUGGUAAUUUCUCUCAGGCUGGUGUUCUAGGCAAUGGUGGUUUUAUAAAAAUUCCGUACACAUACGAGGAAGGAAACAGCAAAUAUAACAGAGCGUUGGCCGCAACACACCUCAUGCCGAAUAAAGCCAGACGAAUGUUUCCAUGUUGGGACGAGCCAGCGAUAAAAGCUUACUUCAUGAUUUCCGUGAUGCAUCAUCGGAAAUACACGGUAUUGUCAAAUUGGCCGAUCCGAGAGCAGUACAAAGUAAAAAAUGAUAUGAAAUGGACACACUUCGAUCGCACUUUUACAAUGUCAGCUUAUCUCGUGGGAAUUGUGAUUGUAUCUAAUUUCACUCGCAUUGAAAACAAGGACAAGUCCGUGUCGUCCGUGUCUGUGUGGUGCAAAUCGUCUUUGACAUCGCAAGCAAUAUUCAUGCAUAUUAUUGCCGAACAAAUCACGCCGCUCUUGGAGGAGUAUACCGAUAGAACCAAAGGAGUACCGAAAGUAGAUCACGUCAUAAUACCAAAUUAUCCGCUCACCGGCAUGGGAGAUUGGGGAAUCAUCAUUUACGACGAAUCAGAAGUUGUCUACGAUGAUAACAAGGAUCCUACAUUUCAGAGAAGGAAAAUAGCGUCGUUAGUAGCACAUGAAAUCGCACAUCAGUGGUUCGGUAAUUUUAUCACCCCAUCUUGGUGGCCUGACCUGUGGCUAAGCGAGGGGUUUGCUGUGUUCUUCCAAGUGUAUUUCCUCAACAAGACAUUUGAAGACUGGCGGCCAAUGGACUUUUUCGUUACUGGGGCCAUGCACGAUUCUCUCCAUCUAGAUGAUAGCUCAUUGGAGUCUGUUACAUUGAAACUUAACGAUACCUUGGAUUAUAACCAACUCUUUGGUGAUGAAGUUUAUAAAAAAGCUCCAGCUAUAUUGCGCAUGUUAUAUCAUGCAGUGGGCGACGAGGUAUUUCGGAAAGGAAUCACCAAGUAUUUCGCUACAAAGAAAUAUAUGGCGGUCACUCCCGAUGAUUUCUGGAGCGCCAUACAAAGUGCUAAAGACGAAGCUUCUUACGUCUCUUCUAUGCGAGAUCAAAAAUUCAGAAUAAAAGAAGUGAUGGAUACGUGGAUAGUCCAAAAUCGUUAUCCUGUGCUGAAUGUAACGAUGAAUUACGAAACUGCUGAAGCGGCAAUAACACAAAAAUGUUUCCACGCAACUGAAGAUAUCAAUAAUAAAUGGUGGAUACCCAUAUCCUACACUUAUCAGGACUUUCCGUAUUUUUCCAAUACUAUGCCCAAUAAUUGGUUAAAACCAGAUGAAAUUCUUAGAGUGCAAAUUAUUACAAGAGGUUGGAUUAUCGUCAAUCUACAACAAACUGCAUACUGUCGUGUCUAUUACGAUACCGCAAUUAUGGAAAGAAUCAUACGUUACUUGAACUCUGAGGAAUACAAGAACAUACACGUUCUCAAUCGUGCUCAAAUUGUCGAUGAUGCAUUUGCCUUUUUGCUGGAAGACCAAUUAGAUAGUUCCGUAUUUAUGAAUCUUAUAAGUUACCUAGGACGAGAGAAAGAUUAUGUGGCAUGGCGUCCAAUGUUCCGAAUAUUAGGACGGAAUGAGAAGUACUUUUCACUGCCAGAGAGUAAAGGUUUCAAGUCACACAUGGUAGGAAUCUUUGAUAAGCUUCUUGAGCAUGUAGGAUACGAAGAAAAUCCUGAUGAUGACUAUAUCACAAAGAUGCUAAGGCUAGAUGCCACGCACUGGGCAUGUACCGUCGGUCACGCGGAAUGCAAGAGAAGAGCCGCCGUUAAAUUAAGCGAACAUUUCGCGGAUCCUGAGACUCACAAAGUUCCACAAUGGUGGCAUGAUUGGACGUAUUGCUUUGGUUUGGCAGUAGCUAAUAAGACUACUUGGGAUAAAAUGAUGGAACUGUAUCAACGAACAUCUGAUAAAAAAUUUUGGAAAAUAUUGAGUUGCUCUGAAGAUCCUGAUAUCAUUAUCAGCUAUUUAAAUAUUAUAGCAUAUAAUACUACAUUAUUUAACCAUGAGCAGCAGGCAUUGAUCUUCAAUUUAAUUCUUGAAAACCAUGCACGCAACGAUUUGGUCCUUGACUACAUAUUACGCGCUUAA